AUGGCGUGCAACUGCAUCUUGGCCAGGCUUCGUGAUGACAUGGGACGCAGCCCUGCUGGCCCUGAGAGGCUGAGGCUGCCCCCCGAUGUGGUCCCUGGCCCUGGCUCCCCAGCCGCCUCUGGCUCCGGCUCCCCAGCCGCCUCUGGCUCCCCAGAGCACUCCUCUCCGAGCAAGAAGACAAAGAAGGCUGCCCUCUCAGGUCAGCUGCCCAAACUGGCACCCCAGAAGGACAAGGUCUCCUCGAAAGUCACCCUCUCUGAACUCAAGUCAUGCCUGCAGCGGGCCCGGGAGCUGGGGGCACGGGCCCAGGAACUGAGGGCAAGUGCCCCUGGGAAUGAUGCCAGGGAACCCAGUGUGCUGGAGACUGAGGAGCACCCAGCAGAGCCAUGUGAAGAGAAGGCACCUGCCUAUCAACGCUUCCAUGCCCUGGCCCAGCCCGGCCUUCCUGGCCUCGUGCUGCCUUACAAGUACCAGGUGUUGGCUGAGAUGUUCCGCAGCAUGGACACCAUUGUGGGCAUGCUCUACAACCGCUCGGAGACCGUGACCUUUGCCAAAGUCAAGCAGGGUGUCCAGGACAUGAUGCGGAAGCGCUUUGAGGAGCGCAAUGUGGGCCAGAUCAAAACCGUGUAUCCUACGUCCUACCGCUUCCGCCAGGAGCGCAACAUCCCCACCUUCAAAGACAAUGUCAAGAGGUCCGAUUACCAGCUCACCAUCGAGCCGCUGUUGGAUCAGGAGGUUGGCAACGUGGCCCCCCAGCUCACAGCCUCACGCCUCCUACAGCGGCGACAGGUCUUCAGCCAGAACCUGGUGGAGCGUGUCCGGGAGCACCACAGGGUCUUCCUGGCCUCCCUGAAUCCCCCCAUGGUGGUGCCUGAGGACCGGCUGACACGCUGGCACCCUCGCUUCAACGUGGAUGAAGUGCCUGACAUCGAGCCUGCUGAGCUGCCCCAGCCACCUACCACAGAGACGCUGGCCACUGCUCAGGAGGUGCUGGCUCGAGCCCGAAGUCUGAUGUCACCCAGGAUGGAGAAGGCCCUGAAUGACUUAGCCCUGCGCACAGCUGUGCCCAGCAGCCCUGUGUCCUCCAGCCCGGUACUGCCAGCCACCCCUCCAGCCACGCCACCUGCUCCCCUGAAGGGGGUGUCCCAGGACCUGCUGGAGCGGAUCCGGGCCAAGGAGGUGCAGAAGCAGCUGGCACAGAUGACACGGUGCCCAGAGCAGGAGCAGAGGUUGCAGCGGCUUGAACGGCUGCCUGAAUUGGCCCGGGUAUUGCGUAGCAUCUUUGUGUCAGAGCGCAAGCCAGCACUCACCAUGGAAGUGGCCUGCGCCAGGAUGGUAGGCAGCUACCGCGUGGCCAUGAGCUCAGGGGAGAUGGAGAAACACGUGCAGCUCCUCUCUGAGCUGCUGCCUGACUGGCUUAGUCUCCACCGCAUCCGAACUGAUACCUAUGUCAAGCUGGACAAGGCUGCUGAUUUGGCGAGUGUCACUGCACAGCUGGCCUGCCUUGCUCGCGCUGAGGAGAUGCUGUGAGCCUGGUGGCUGCGCACCAACGCGCAAACGUGGGCUCAAGGCCCUGGCUUGGCCCUCUGUGCCUGUUUUAUUCUCUAAGAAUGCAUUUGGCUCUCCCAUUCCUGAUCCACAAAGGGUCAGCAGUUGUACUAGGCUCUGGGGAUGGAAUUAUCUGGCCAUUGUGGGUGGUACAACCACCUCCCACAGCAUGCUGUCAUUAAACUGGUUUCCCUUCAAUUUGUCUUUGCUGCACAGAGUGCAGGUAUGGGGGGGUAGGGUGGCUUUCCUGGCAGCAUGGGUUUGAGCAGUGUGAUUGGCAGAAUAAUACCCCCCUCUCCCCCGUCGAGCACAGGGGUCUUGAGAGCUCAUCCUGUGUUAUCCUAAUGGGCCCAGUGUCAUCACAGCAGAGGUUGGUGGAUGGUAUAUCACUGACUUUGAAGUUGGAGGAUAGGCCAUGAGCCAAGGAAUGGGGGAACCAGCCCUGUCUACACCUUGGUUUUCAGGAUAGUUGGCCCUCUAUCUGCCAGUCAGCUAACUAAGCAAAGGGAAAAAGUUACAGUGUUGGUGGGCCCAGGAUGGUUACUCUGUACUGAGUACAGAAUAAUUCCCUAAACAAUACAGCAUAACAACUACUUACAUAGCAUUAGGUAUUAUAAUCUAGAAGUGAAAUAUACAGGAAUAUGUGCAGGUUAUAUGUGAAUAGUUUGUAUAAAUACACUGAUGGAGUCCCCUGUACCUCCCCUGCCUCUUGGUCCUGAGGCCCA